AUGGCUGCUAGAAUCAAUGAUAGAUGUCUCCCUCUACGUCCCAAUUCAAUGGUUCAUCACUCUUCCUCACCGUUGUUUGAAUUAAUGAAUAUGCCCAGCCGUCUUAUGCUAGAAAAAGUUUAUCUAAACAGAUUGCACGCUUUAAGGCACUUUGAAAUUCGAAACAUAACACAAAGCACUAUCCUUAUCAAACUACGCUCCAACCUUGGCUCCCAGAUCGCGUUUCAACUCACUAAUGAAAAUCUUCCUGAAUUGAGACCAUGUUCACCCAUCCCAAAAGAAAUUAAUGACUCGUCGAAUUCACCGUCGCCUUAUAUUUCACCAGUCCCUGAAAAUGAUAUAUUACUUAGUACGAAGCCAGAAGAUCCACUGACUAAUAUUACUACAAAUACAGUCGCUGCAGCUGCAGCUGGAGCAUUUGGGGAUAAUGUCAAUGGGCAUCAGUUCAAUCAACUUUUUAAUUACGUAAACCAUAUAGACGAAGUAGAAAUCGCGCCCGGAUGUUCUCAAAGGGUUAUUUUGGCAUUUUUACCAGACCAUCGUCACAAAAGUCGGAGAUCCGCCGCCGAUAGUUCUUUGACAUCUUCAUCUGUGGAUGACAUUAGCGGUGUGUCCAUUAUUAUGAUGAACUCUAAUAAAGUAGAGGAUCCAAGAGUUAAUGCUAAUCUAUUUACACCAUCACUUGAAGAAAAUGAGACUUUUGAUUUUUUUGAAGUCAAUGGUCUUCUGUUUUUUUUUGCCUAUUUGGUUGACAGGCAAGAAGAAAAUGAUGUAAAUACUCACUCUUCGACGUCUUCGACCAUGGAAAUCGAUAUAGGAAAAGAUUCAGAAUAUAUACAAUUUUCAUCCUUGGAUAAUAAAUUAUCCAAAUCCGAUAUUGAGAGCACGCCUUAUCGUGACAUAGAGACUAUCAGUGGCACAUCCAGAGCAGAUCACCAGGUUACCGUCAAGUUUCGUUCCACAGUAUGUCGUUCCGUGUUGUGGACAGACGUUGGGGAAACUGGGAUAAAUUUUGAUGAUUGUGUGAUUGGUGGUGUUUACUUUAAGGAUUUUACUAUUUGGAAUCGAUCAGAAAUCGAAUUAUAUUGGCUUUUAAAUACAGUUGACUUGUCUUAUUCUAAACGUGAAGAUUGGUUGAAGUUUACAGAUUAUGAUACAGGAGAGUUAUUGGAUACCAAACCAAUACCAAGUUACUCUCAUAGGAGAAUUAGAGUCACAUUUCGACCAAAGGAAAUUGGUGAAUUUAAUUACGAUCUCCAACUUGAAAAUGCCAAUGAUCCUACAAAUGUUUUGCAAAGCAGGAUUCAUUCAGUUGUUAGAUCAGUGUUAAGCGAAGAGUCAUUAGUCAUUAGUAGUGGUAAUAUCCUCGAUUUCGGAGAUUGCUGCGCUGGUGUCUGGAGCAAACAACAAUUGGUGCUAAAGAAUGUCAGUGAAAGACCCCUGGAAAUCCAUUUUACAUCUGAAAAUGCAGAUGUAUCAUUUCAUUUGAUUAAUAAUGAAUUAAUAAAAUAUGAUAAUAUGAGUACGAGGGCUCAUAUCGAAGAUUUGGAAGACAUGGCACCACUACAUCAGAAAUUCAAUGAUACAAACAUUUCCAGCAGUACACCCAUGGUUAAUAAUAUCAAUUCUAGUCUAGUUAGUGAGAUUUCAGUUCCUGGCAGUGAGGUUAGUUCUAGGUCGAUGUCUCCAAUUGCUCCAGCACACGAGUCAGAUGGAUUAGUUUCUCCUGAGAAUAUAAGCGUAGUCAGCGAGCCAUCAUCGGAGGCAGCAUCAAGAUCAGCGAGCAGACAUCGCACCAGUGUUAUGGAAGAUUCGGAUUUGGAAAGUGAAAAUAUAUCUGGACGAAGCUUUUUAAUUAGUGAUUCUUUUAGGAAGUCCGAUUUUGGUAUCGGAGAUGCUGAUGGAUCCGCUCAAAUAGAGGAACUCCGUCUUAAACCCGGAAAGGAACGUACUGUUCAGGUGUCUUACCGUCCAGAGAAAGAUUCUUCAGCCACAGAUUUCAAUGCUAUUCUACUUACCCGUAAAACAUUUCGAAUUAUUGUUCAAUAUGCUCCUAUCAAUGCUAGUUCAACUAGUUUAAGUACAGUCGGUCAGGGGCGCAAAAUUAUUCAAUGUAAAGCUCGCAGCUGCACCUCAUUCAUUGAAGUCAGUCCAAAGGAAGUCAAUUUCGGAGAUACAGAUGUUGGCACUCUUAAAUCAAUGCCUAUUACCGUUACAAAUUUAUCAGAGUUGACUGCACGCGUUGAACUUAGAUUUGAUUCAAAAGUACUCUAUUGCACUCGUAAGGAAAUAAUUAUCCCGCCAAAGCUUUCAACGGAGGUCAAGCUUGAUAUGUAUCCCAGAAAAGUGAACGUGGAAUAUCGUAAGCAAAUUACCGUCGUUAAUUUACAAAAUCGAGAUAAUGACCAGAUAAUUGAAGUUAGAAGUACGAACAUCGACAAGAAUCGCGUCACAUUUCAUUCUUUAUUUUAUCGAACUUUAACAUCAAAUGGCAGUAAUUUCAUUGAUUUUGGAUAUACUGUGCUAAAUUCACCGUCCAUCCGGACUUUUACGAUUGAUAACAUUGGCACCAAGAAAUUAGUUCUUGAAAUAACGUCCUCUUUGCCAGAAGAGAUAGUCAUGUAUCAAAAGCGUAAAAAAACUGAUGACCUUAGCAACCAAGGAGACAUCAUUAUGAAUGCACUUACAGAUUCAGAUAGUAAUCUUGGAAGGAGUGGAGAAACUGAUUCAAAUAGCUUCAAAAUAGAAAAAAGAGAGAAGCUAUUAAAAUCUAUUUGUGAACGUCGGCUAGUAAAAAAAUAUACUUUGACUACUGACUUUACUGGAAAAAAUAUAAAUAUAGCGAAUUUAUCUGCAGCAAAUUCUGAAAUCAAGUCGGAAGAAACUCAUUAUAGCAUUGCUAAUAAACGACUUUUUCCAAACACACCUGAUGUCUCUCUAGCUGAGGUGACAACAUAUAAUACGGAUUAUCUUGAUUUGGCAGGUCCCGCGUCAGUAGAUCUGCGUCGUUCUUCACGAAGGAGGCAACAGAAAACACCGAUAAGUAAAACAGGCAUAAGUCCCGCGAUCGAAAGAAUAAGAGAAAGUUAUUCUGUACCUGUUUCUACAAGUGGUUCUGGUAGUAUUUGUGCUUUCAAUACCGGUUCAACUAAUGCCCCAAGCGCUUCUUUUGAGAGAGCGAAUUCUGAUAUCGGCGAGAGUAAUGUUGGCGAUGAGUCGUUUGGAGAUAAAUUGGAUCACGAUUCUGAAAGCACUAACCUAAUACUUACAAAAGGAAAUUAUGUAAAAAAUAAAGUUGUAGAUAGGUAUACAUUUUCUAAUAUGCCGAUAGACAUUCUAAUUGCAACCCUUGAGGCCAAUAACAUCACAACCCCACCAUUGUUUCCUAAGUCAUCAAUUGAAGAAGCUUACGUGCAAAAUCAGAUUGGUCUCAUGCGAGAAUUACGCAACCGCAUAAAAGAACAUCAGAUUGUUCCAAUUAAAAUGGUAGAAAUUCCUCCCUCCGGUGAAAGCCAGAUAAUAGUAAUCUUUACACCAAAGCAAGUGCUGCGACCAAAUGUGCAAGGUUUACCAAAAAAGUGCGAUGCUAAAGUAUUUAUACGCCUAAUAGAUUUUGAUCGUGACAUUCAGCAGCCUCAGUUUGAUGGUUUACUUCAUGGUAAUCAGGACCAAAUUCCUGUCAGGGAACUUAUGGUGAAUGCUACAUUAUGUAGGUCGUAUAUGGUUCUUGGGCAAAAAAAUAUUAAUUUUGGAAUAAUAGAUAAGGGUGAACGUCGAAAUAAGACUAUACUCAUUCAAAAUCGAAGUGAAGUGCCUUUGCUAUAUAAUAUACGGAAAUCUGGAUCGAUUACAUCUAGGGACGUUGUAUUUGGUGCAGGUCAAUUAGGAGUCGUCCGUGGAUAUGGAAAUAAAGAAGUAGAGUUCACUUUUAAAUCCAGAUUUACGGGUCAAUUUUAUGAGAGGUUUAUUAUUGAAAAUAUCCAGGAUCACGAUAAUAACCAAAUGCUUUCAGUGAAAGCGGAUAUCCGUAAACCAUUUAACUUUUCUAUCCAGCCACAAAAUAUUGAUUUUGGUACCUGUCUAAUUAAUGACAAUGCACCAGUUGUACGGAGCAUUAUAGUAAGCAACACUAACAAACAAUCACGCACAUUUGAGGUGCGAAUUAAUCCACGAGAUUUAAAGUUUAAUGUAUGUUUUGGUGAAUUGGAUUUUAUCCCUCAGGAAGAAGUUGAUGGCGUAUUAUCGACCGGUGGAAUUCUUAGCAAGGAAACGGAAGAUAAAAUUGAAGAUUUGGAACAAAAAGUUAAGAUUGCGAGGCGUAAAGGUUACACUGGCAAAGCGGAGCAAAUUGAAAAACAAUUAGAGACAUUGCGACGAGGGAAAUCAGGAAUCGAGGAUUCGAAAACUGCAAAUGAAUUAGUUAAUGAAACUGCUAUAGAUUUUGUAAAUGACAUUGCGUCAAAGGAAGAAAAGUUCAGUGAUGAACAACAAACAAUUUCUGAGGAAACAUUAUUGAGUAGCUCAACCAACGAACGACCUGGCGAAAACAAUUUUACGCAAAGUAGACAGCCGGCACGUGUCGAAAAAUUGGCAGAUCAUCAUACUAAGCGCGUUUUCAGCUCUAAUUCUAGUAAAGGAAAAGAUGCCAACUAUAAAAAAACGUCUACGUCAAUUAUUUUUUCUAUUGAGCCUCAGACUACAAAAACGGUGUUUUUAUAUUUUAGGGCCAUUGCUACCAACAUGUCAAGUUCAACCAGCGAGGAAACAGCGUGCCAAGGAAUAUCUUGCGAACAAAUUACUGGUCAAGUAUAUGUGCAUGAGCAUAAAAACACUGAUAUUGUUAAGGCUAUUAGUUUUCAGGCUACAGUUUGCUAUGACUCUAGUUAUUUGCAGGCAUCAAAUGAUGUGUCUAAUAAUAAUGAGAGUCGUCCUGAGACAGAGUUUUCUACUACAACCACAGAAAUAUCUGAACAAAUAGUAAAGGAAAAGUCAAAUUCUUUAUCUUCAUUACGCAAUACAUCCAAUGUAAUAAGUUCAAGAUCUUCAGCUCGUUCACCAUCGCUAGGACCAUUACAAGAAGAUGCAAACCCUUCCGAAAGUAACGACUAUUUACCUGAAAAUUUAAGUUUAGAGCCGUCAGUUCUUGACAUUGGGAAACUUGAAGUCAAUCAAAAUCACAAUUAUUACUUUAAAUUGACCAACAGAGGUGAUAAUUUGCUAGAAUAUGAAAUUAUUGUUUCGGAAAGCGAGUGUUCUUUUUUUCAAAUUGAUGAGAAACGUGGAAAACUAUCGGCUCAAGAAACACGUCGGGUUGAUUUUACAGUCAUCGCAACUGAUGUUGGUCGCCAAAAGCAUUCAUUGAUUGUCCGGAAUUGUGAAACUCAGGCUCAAUGCAGCUUUACUCUUCAUGGUUACAUCCAUUAUGCUCAAUAUUUGUCAUUCCCUUCACUUGAAGAUGAGCUAAAUUUAGGGUAUUGUUAUGUGGAUCCUGGAAGAAAAUAUUCACAAGUUACACCUCUUAUAGUUGAAAAUAUUACCAAUGAAGACGUUUUUAUCACUUGCCAAA